CUGUUUUUUUGGUGUUUUUGAGGUUAUAAUUUUUAUUUAUGUUUGGCUAUGUGAGAACCACUAACAUAUUUAUUAUUUACUAUUACUAUUUGUAAAUCUCAACUCAGAUAAUAGCUUAAACAUGAGAUUUAGAACGUACAACUUUGUGAAACAAAUUCAAACUUUUUGUAACCCAAGAAACCACCAAUUUAGUACACUUACGACUCAUACUGAAUUUGCGCGGCGGCAAUUCGUGAAAAGACCUUUAAAACUUACGUCUAUAGUUUGUGUAUACUCUUCAGACAAUAAGAAACAUUUGCUUGACAUAGAUAAGCAGAAAGAGGCAUUGCAAGAUGUUUUGGAACAGAAAAAGAUACAAAUUAAAGAUACAGAGCAGAGGCUACGUCAAAAGGGCGUGGAGAUCGUCCGGGACUUGAAGCAACAAAAAGAGAUCACAGGUCAAAUACUUAAAGAGAAAAAACAGCAUUUAGUGAAGGAUAUUUUAGAAACAAAAGCUAAAGUUCGAGAGAAAUUUGAAGAAGUAGUUGAGAAAGAAAAUGUAUUUACCAUACCAAACAUACUUUGCAUGACCAGAAUAGCCAUGUCUCCUUAUUUGGGUUAUGUUAUACUACAAGACAAUUACAACCUAGCUCUAGGAUUGUUAGUGUUUGCAGGCAUUACAGAUGUGCUAGAUGGUUGGAUUGCCAGAAACUGGAAAGGGCAAUCAUCAAAGAUGGGUUCAUUCCUUGACCCAAUGGCAGACAAAAUCCUCAUAGCAACGCUUUUCAUUAGCCUCACAUGGCAGAACUUGAUACCUUUGCCACUAACACUACUGAUUGUAGCGCGGGACAUUGCAUUGGUUGCAGCUGGCUUUGUCAUCAGAUACAUCAGUUUGCCACCGCCUAAGACCCUGAGCAGGUACUUCGACGUGACUCACGCGACGGCGCAGCUCGCGCCCACGCUCGUCAGCAAGAUCAACACCGCGAUACAACUGCUACUGGUAGGCACAACGUUAGCGUCUCCCGUAUUCGGCUACGUGGAUCACCCAGCGCUGCAAGCUCUGUGCGCGCUCACCGCCGCCUCCACCGUAGUCUCAGCUCUGAGCUACUUAGUUAGUAAAGACACGUAUAAAGUGCUGAAGAAAAAGUUAUGAGUGAUGUGAUUACACACACUGGUAACACGCCACGCGGACUGGCGUGUUAUAAGUAUGUUUGUAGCUUUAAAUGAAUAUCAUUGAGUGUGUAUUUCCAUUGUGUAUAUAAUUGUUGUAAUUAUAGUAAACGAUCUAAUAAUAAACUGAAUCUUCCUUUUAUUUAAUCUAA